AUGGCCAAAUACUGGUCUUAAAGGAGGACAUUUACUGCUAACUCUUGUAACCAAUCUUUGAAAGUUGAAAUCAUUGAAUCCUGAAUCAGAAAGAAUUCCUCGGCAAAAAUGAAUCAGAAUUUGAGUGCACUUUCAAUAGGAGUGGUGGGAGCAGCCAUCACCUUGUCUGCCUAUUCACAAACUCUUGUCUCUCCAACUCAGUGUGUCGCAGUUGGCCUUCUGGUUCUCAUGUUUGGCUUGCUUGUUGGAGAAGGUCUCAUUUCUCUCUAGUCACACAUAUAUGGACAAGUUGGUGUAAGAUUUAUUAUUCAUCACUUUGCUUCAUAUAUAUAUAUAUAGUUCCAAAUCUUCUUUUCUGUGUAAUGUUGAAAACUUUUUCUGGUAUUAAGGAAUUUUUCUUUUUGAUGUGUUUCUGUUUGAAAACUUGGAUUCUAAGGAUUUAUCGGACAAGUUUAUCUAUAUUUAACUU